CCUCGCCGGCGCCCGCGUCGGGUGCGGCGGCCGGGCCGGGCAGUCGCGUUCCCGCCGCGUCCCGCGCCCGGUCCCUAUGGAGGCGCCGCUCGCCGGCGAGGCCGCCGACCAUGCCUAGGAGGGCCGGGAGCGGGCAGCUGCCGCUACCCCGGGGCUGGGAGGAGGCCAGGGACUACGACGGCAAGGUCUUCUACAUCGACCACAACACCAGGAGGACCAGCUGGAUCGACCCCCGGGACAGGUUAACGAAGCCCUUGUCGUUCGCUGACUGUGUUGGGGAUGAGCUGCCGUGGGGCUGGGAAGCAGGCUUUGAUCCACAGAUCGGCGUCUACUACAUCGAUCACGUCAACAAAACCACACAGAUUGAAGAUCCACGAAAACAGUGGAGGGGGGAGCAGGAGAAGAUGCUCAAGGACUAUCUCUCGGUGGCUCAGGACACUCUCAGGACCCAGAAGGAGCUGUACCACGUGAAAGAACAGAGACUUGCCUUGGCCCUCGAUGAAUAUGUACGAUUAAACGACGCCUACAAGGAAAAGUCAAGUUCUCACACCAGCUUAUUCUCAGGCUCUUCAUCCAGUACUAAAUAUGAUCCCGAUAUUUUAAAAGCGGAGAUCUCCACUACACGCUUAAGGGUUAAAAAGCUGAAGAGAGAACUCUCACAAAUGAAGCAAGAAUUGCUGUAUAAAGAACAAGGCUUUGAAACAUUGCAACAGAUAGAUAAAAAAAUGUCUGGAGGCCAGAGUGGCUAUGAACUUAGUGAAGCCAAAGCCAUUCUAACUGAACUGAAAUCUAUCAGAAAGGCUAUUAGCUCAGGAGAAAAAGAAAAGCAAGAUCUGAUGCAGAGUCUGGCUAAGCUGCAGGAGCGGUUCCACUUGGAUCAGAGCAUUGGCACAUCCGAGCCGGACCUGAGAUCCAGUCCUGUGAACUCGAAUUUAUCUCUCUCCAGACAGACCCUUGACGCCGGGUCACAGACAAGCAUUUCUGGAGACAUCGGAGUGAGAAGUAGAUCAAAUUUAGCUGAAAAGGUCAGGCUGAGCCUACAGUAUGAAGAAGCCAAAAGAAGUAUGGCCAACCUAAAAAUCGAACUGUCGAAACUGGACAGCGAGACGUGGCCCGGGGCGCUGGACAUCGAGAAGGAGAAGCUGAUGCUGAUCCACGAGAAGGAGGAGCUUCUGAAGGAGCUGCAGUUCGUCACCCCACAGAAGCGCUCCCGCGACGAGCUGGAGCGCCUGGAGGCCGAGAGGCAGCGGCUGGAGGAGGAGCUGCUGUCCGUGCGGGGUCCCCCGAGCCGGGCCCUGGCCGAGAGAUUGAAAUUGGAAGAGCGAAGGAAAGAGCUCCUACAGAAACUUGAAGAAAGUACUAAAUUAACUACUUGUUUGCAUUCACAACUUAAAAGCCUCUCGGCCAGCACCCUGUCCAUGUCGUCUGGGAGCAGCCUGGGCUCCCUGGCCUCCAGCCGGGGGUCUCUGAACACCUCCAGCAGGGGCUCGCUCAGCUCCCUGAGUUCCGGAGAGCUCUAUUACACCAGUCAGAGCGACCAGACGGACACGGAUUACCAGUGCAAACUGGACCUCCUUCUGCAGGAGAAAGGCGGCUACAUUCCUUCCGGACCCAUCACCACCAUCCAUGAAAACGAAGUGGUCAAGUCCCCCAGCCAGCCCGGCCAGAGCGGUCCCUGCGGGGCGGCAGCCGCAGCCACAGGCCACACGCCCCCACGGACUGAGGCCCCCAAGUCUGUGACGUCCCUGUCCUCACGGUCCUCCCUCUCCUCCCUGUCCCCUCCCGGCUCUCCCUUGGUUCUAGAAGGCACGUUCCCCAUGUCUGCUCACGAUGUCCCUCUCCAUCGGUUCACUGCUGACUUUGAAGACUGUGAGUUGAGUGGCCAUUUUGCAGACCUCAGCCUCAGCGAAAGUCAGAUCUUGCUGGAUUCUCAUUCAGGAGGAGUGUCCCAGCCUCUCGCGGAGGAUAAGGACCUCGGGGAAUGUGCCCGGGAGCCGUUGUUUGAAGGAACUGCAGAUGUGGAAAAAUCGUUACCGAAAAGAAGAGCCAGCCACCUGCUCGGGGAGAAGACGGCCUGCGUGUCGGCUGCCGUGUCUGAUGAGUCUGUGGCUGGAGACAGCGGGGUCUACGAAGCUUUCGUGAAACAGCCUAGUGAAGCUGAAGAUGUUCCCUACAGUGACGGGGAUGUCACCAUCGUGGAGACGGCCCAGGUGCAGAUCGGCCUCAGAUACGACGCCAAAAGGUCAAGCUUCAUGGUGAUUUUAGCACAGCUCCGAAAUCUUCACGCCUUCUUGAUACCUCAUACUUCAAAAGUCUACUUCAGGGUUGCUCUGCUGCCCUCCUCAGCGGACGUGAGCUGUCUGUUUCGCACGAAGGUUCAUCCGGCCACGGAAUGCAUCUUAUUCAACGACGUGUUCAGAGUGGCCAUUUCCCAAACAGCCUUACAGCAGAAGACGCUGAGAGUGGACCUUUGCUCUGUUAGCAGACACCGGAGUGAAGAAUGCCUGGCUGGAACUCAGAUCAGUCUGGCUGAUUUACCAUUUUCCAGCGAGAUUUUCACUCUGUGGUAUAACCUGCUUCCUUCCAAGCAAAUGUCUUACAAAAAGAAUGACGAAGGAAAUGAGGACUCUGUAUUUCAAACAACUCAGUCAUUAAUAGAUGCGAUAGACUUGGAUGCCGUGUCCGCCUUACUUGCAAGAACAUCAGCCGAGCUCCUGGCUGUGGAACGGCAGUUAGCACGGGAAGAAGAAGAAGAAGAACCAGGGCAGGAAGAAGAGCAACGAGGUCCAGAUGGAGACUGGUUAGCCAUGCUGCGAGAGGCCUCUGAUGAAAUCGCGGCUGAAGGAAAGGCCGAAGCGAAGUUGCCAGAAGACGGCGGCCGUUCGGCAGACUCGUGCUCGUGUCCGAGCGCGCCCGAGGUGGAGGAGGACGCGGGCCGGAGAGACCGCCGCUGUGCCGAGGCCCGCGGGUAUCCGCCACCUGCCGGGCCACGCACCCUGGUCGAUAAAGAGACCAACACGGAGGAGGCCGGUGACCCCGGGGUGGCGGUUCGCCCCAAAGACCGCAGCGGCCUGAGCGCUCGGCAGCGGCCGUUCGUGCGCAGCAGCGUGAUCGUGCGCUCGCAGACCUUCUCCCCGGGGGAGCGCAACCAGUACAUCUGCCGGUUGAAUCGAAGUGACAGUGACAGCUCAACCUUGGCUAAAAAAUCCCUGUUUGUGAGAAACUCCACUGAGCGGCGCAGUUUGAGGGUCAAAAGGACGGUUUGCCAGCCAGUGCUGAGAAGAACAGCUCAAGAACACCCAGGGCGCACAUCUCUAGACCUCGAACUGGACCUCCAGGCGUCUCUAACCCGUCAGAGCCGGCUCAACGAUGAGCUGCAGGCCCUCAGGGGCUUGAGGCAAAAGCUGGAGGAGCUAAAAGCUCAGGGAGAGACUGACCUUCCGCUGGGUGUCCUGGAAGAUGAGAGGUUCCAGAAGCUCCUAAAAGAAGCUGAGAAGCAGGCUGAACAGUCAAAAGAAGAGCAGAAGCAAGGUUUGAAUGCAGAGAAAUUGAUGCGGCAAGUCUCCAAGGACGUGUGCCGGCUCCGGGAGCAGAGCCGGAAGGUGCCUCGGCAGGUGCAGUCCUUCAGGGAGAAGAUUGCCUACUUCACCAGAGCGAAGAUAAGCAUCCCGUCCCUGCCGGCUGAUGAUGUAUGAUCACACCCCCUAAAGAAAUUACUCUGUCACCUCUUCACUAACUAGGGAGGGUACAAGACUGAACAUUUGUUUUGUUUUGUUUUGUUGGGGGGGGGCUGUUUUUUGUAACGUAACUGUCCACUCUUUAAAGAGCUUUCGUAUCACAUCAGAUUUUCAACAUGUUCAUUUGUAAAGUACCUUGAAUGUAAUUCUUGUAUGUUUAAAAAAGAAAAACAAAAUCAGGUAACCAAAAUGGAGUGGUCUGGUCCACAAAUGUCGUCCAGUACACAUGAAUCGCCAGCAGCCUGUGUUUUGUACAAACGGAAUAGAGGUAGCGCCCAGAGUAUACUGUUGAACCAACUGUCAAGAAAGAACUCGGUUUAGCAGAAGGCGAGCUUGGCUUUUCAUUCGAUGUCUUAGGGGCAGACCAGGAGGAUGGCAACAGGCCCACGUGGUAUCUUUGUACCCCUGGUUUGAAGGCGAAUAGGAGUCCAAUGAGUCCAGCUCGAAACAGGUGUUGCGCCCACGCCAUCACCCAUGUUGAAGCCCCUGUUUCCUGAAAACACUUUCAUUCUUGUCCUUUUCUUGGAGUCUAAAGAAAACCAGAUGCUGAGUGGGAAUCUCAGAACCCAAAGGAGCAGGGCUCCGAACUACAGGGAAGACCUUGUGAUUUGUCACAUUAAGGGUGGGCAGGGAGAGGAGAGAGUCAGCUGACUCGAGUCAGCUCGUGAGCGAGCACCCACGGCCCAGAACAUGCCCGGACUCCGCGGCCGUGUUCCAGCCAGGGUUUCCAGCUCGCGCUGCUGAGCUGCUGUCCCAGGUCCGAGGGUGGUGCCCACGACAAGACCAUGGCGGCCGGCGCUCUGAGAACAGACAGCACCCACCUUGUGGCGGGGACACGCACAAGAACUCCCUCAGGAAAACGGGAAUCUUGAUUAAAGUUGCCAAAAAAAAUUUUUUUUAACUUUAUUAAACCGUUUUCUCACAUUCACUAGUAAUUAUUCUGCAGCUCUCAUUCUUAGGGGCUCCCAUCUGUAAUUUGUGGUAAGGAGGCCAAGAGAAGAGUGUGCUUGGGGAGAUUAUCAAUCUGAAGUAUGGGCCAAGGCGUUUGUUUCAGAAAACAAUCCUAGAUGAACUAAGGUAGGCAGAGGAACGGACUCAGCCAGCCAGUGUCCUCCCCCUCCCCAGCCCAAGCACGGGCUUAAAAGAAAGCAAGCCGCCCUAUAGCUCUGCCAACAUAAAGGCUUUUAGAAUAAAGAGUAUUUAUACAGUUUAAAUCCUACUUCUCAUCCAGCCAGUUACAGUAGAAGAGGCAAUUUUUGGCUAGCCGUCUUCUGUAACAAACUAAAUCUUUUUUUUUUUUUAAAGAAAUGCAAAAAUCAUCUUCAAGGAAUGGACCCCUUAAAAAAAUAUGUAUUAAGUUCUAUUUCUAACAUAGAAUCCCCGGCAGGAAUUUUUAGUUUCUUGAAAGUAAUUAUACAUUAUUUUGGAAAGUUCCUUUUACCAGAAUCAAAAUUCAAAUUAAGCAAUUUCUGAACCUGGAACUUCAAUUAUUUUUUCCUCCAUUGUCCCACCACUUACAUCUAAAUGUCUCUGAAGCUAUAACCGGAUGUGACAUGACUUUGAACAUAAACCAGCCUUGUGAAUUGGCUGCACACAGUCCUUCAAGGCCGUGAGGUUCAUUCUAUCAGAUGACUAAGGAGAACUAGAAAGAGAAUACCAUUCAUCCUUGUCAAGGUCAAAUGUGAAAGACAGAGGUUUAUUUAAUGUAGAGCUAAAUGAAGGUCAGCUGUUUUCAGCGUCUUAGUUUGACCGUGAAAAUGUUUAUAGAAUUUUGUGUAGUUAUACCGUUCAAUUCUAUUUUCUUCAUUUAUUUAUUUACGGUCUUAUUUAUGUUCUGUUUAAUAUAUAGUUCGGUUCUGGCCAUUUUAAAUGUUUGACAUAGAAGAGGCUAUAUUGGAAUAUCUACACUUUUAUAAGUCUUCAUCAGAUUCGCUGUUUACUUUUUGAAAUACAAAAAGUUUCAGACAAGUAUAAAAGAAGAAUAAAAUCUGUCUCAGGCUGGUAGUCAACAGUUGUGACCAGGAUUUGGGUUUUCUUUUACAAAAUUUGCUCAUUUCUAACAUGAGAAACGAACUUAUUUUAAUAUAAUCCUUUUCCACACUUUUAAAAAAAUCAGCAAUAGUGUUGUGUAUUUUAGGCAGCUUUUAACAAUUCUGUCAUAUUUGUACUAACCCAAAUGAUUCACAGUGACAAAACAUUUUAAUAACUUGAUCACAAAACCAUAUGAACAAUAUGAAUUUUAAUAUUAUAAAUACUAUUUUUUAAAGGUAGAAUUUAUUCUUCACAGGGUAAAAAGAAUGUAAUAUUUAGUUCUCAAGUUUGAAUUAUCAAUAUGUUAUAAUUUUGUAUAUCAGAAUCUAAGUUACAGGUACAAAAAAACAUAUUGCUAGCCAAAUGAACAAAAUCUAGCUGUCUGUAGCAUGCAAAUCAAAUCUAAAAUCUUUUUUUUUUGCUAUUACUUUAUCUAUAUUGUAUUAAAUAUCAAAAGCUCAGGACUGAACUAAAUAUUUAAUCAGGUUAAAUUCUGAAUAUGUUUCUGUUUCUGUUAAUUGUCUCUGUAAAAGUACGCAAAUACAUCACAUAGAUUAA